AUGGCUGAGGCCUUGGUAUCAUUUGCAGUUCAAAAAUUGGGUGAUCUACUCAUACAACAAGUUUCCCUGCGUAAAAAUCUAAGAGAAGAAGUUACAUUGCUGCGAAACGAGCUUCUCUUAAUGCAGUCUUUCCUCAAAGAUGCAGAACAAAAGCGAAGUGGAGAUGAAGGAGUUGAACAAUGGGUGCUUGAGAUCAACUCUAUUGCUUAUGACGUUAUUACUAUACUCAAGACUUAUAGCAUCGAGGCUGGUAAAUGUGCUAGUUGUCUCAAGGUUUGCGCUUGCAUCUGUAGGAAGAAAUCCUACAAUGUCACCAAAGAGAUCCAAUCACUCAAGCAACGAAUCACGGAUAUCUCUGUGAAGCGAGAGAUUUAUGAUAUUACAAAUACUAUCAAUUAUAAUGCAGGAAAAGGGACAAGUAAUAAGGUUAGAACAUUGAGGAGAACUACCUCAUAUGUGGAUGACCAGGAUUACAUUUUUGUUGGACUUCAGGAUGUUGUACAAACAUUGGUAUAUGAACUUCUCAAAGCAGAGCCUCGUCGAAGCGUCCUCUCCAUUUAUGGAAUGGGCGGUUUAGGCAAGACCACUCUUGCCAGAAAACUUUACAUCAAUCCUAAUAUUGCCUCUAGCUUCCCAACACGCGCUUGGAUAUGUGUUUCUCAAGAGUACAACACAAUGGAUCUUCUUUCGACUAUCAUAAAAUCCAUCCAAGGUCGCACCAAGGUAACUCUAGAUUUGUUGGAAAGCAUGCCAGAAGGAGAUCUAGAAAUUUAUCUUCGUGAUCUAUUAACAGAACGCAAAUACCUUGUGGUGGUUGAUGAUGUACGGCAGAAAGAAGUAUGGGAGAAUUUGCAAAGAGCAUUCCCGGAUAGCAAGAAUGGCAGCAGAGUCAUUAUUACCACGCCCAAAAAGGAUGUCGCUGAAAGAGCAGAUAACAGAGGUUUUGUCUAUGAACUUCGUUUCCUAACCCAAGAAGAAAGUUGGGAUCUCUUUCGUAGGAAACUACUUGAUGUUCGAGCAAUGACCUUCACUAUGGAGAGGGUAGCUAAGAAUAUGGUGGGAAAGUGUAGAGGCUUACCUCUUGCAAUUGUUGUAUUGAGCGGACUACUUUCGCAUAAAAAGGGGCUAGAUGAAUGGCAAAAGGUGAAAGAUCACCUUUGGAAGAUCAAUGUUGAAGAUGAAUUUAUUGAAAUCUCCUCCAUACUAUCAUUAAGCUACAAUGAUUUGUCAACUGCGCUCAAGCAGUGUUUUCUCUACUUUGGUAUUUUUCCAGAAGAUCAAGUGAUCGAGGCUGAAAACAUAAUACGGUUGUGGAUGGCGGAGGGUUUCAUACCAAGAGGGGAAGAAAGAAUGGAGGAUGUCGCUGAAGGCUACUUGAAUGAGCUGAUAAGACGAAGUUUGAUACAAGUUGUACAUACAUUUUGGGAAAGAGUUACUGCAUGUAGGGUUCAUGAUUUACUCCAUGAUCUUGCGAUACAAGAGGCAUCGGAGACAUGUCAUUCAUAG